AUGGGCCACCCUGCCCCAGCUCACAUAAACCCAGUCACACACCCACAGCCUCAGCCUCACCCCCACCUCCCCCAUCCCCAGCCCCACACAUGCACACCCCAGUCUCUAACCCCAGCCCCAUCCCCAGUCCCACACACGCACACGCCAGUCUCAGCCGCCCUGAUGAUCUGUGCUCCCGUGUCUAGGGCGCAACACUGCUCCGACAGAAUCCUACAUCCAGAACCAAUCCCACAGACCCAACCCCACAUCCUGAAUCAGGCCAACAGGCCCAAACCCCAUAUCCAGAACCAAGCCAACAGGCCCAGCUCCCACAUCCAGAACCAAGCCCACAGACCCAAACCCAGCCCCAGUCCAUCUACGCCCCAAGAACCAGGCCAACAGAACCAAGCCCUACAGCCCCACGUCCAUCCCCAGUCCAUCUACAGCCCAUCUACACAACGUGCCCACACCGUACCCACAGCCCCAAGCCCCACACCGUACCCACAGCCCCACAGCCCCAAACCCAGUCCCAGUCCAUCUACACCACCAAGCCCCACGCCGUACCCAAACCCCCACAGCCCCACACCGUACCCACAGUCCCAAGCCCCGGCUUUGCUCCUCAUCUAA